UAAGCCUUGUAUUCUUCCACCACGGUGACUCCGCCCGCCCGAGCCUCCCCCUCCUCUCCUCGCGGUGAGUGAAUGAAGCGCUCCCUCCUCGCUGUGUGUGUUGUUGUUGUUUUUCUGCAGCGGUGUUUCUCGGCCUGUCAAACCGUGUGUGUGACUUCUCCUGCUGGGACGACGACGGCUCCGGAUCCACAGGGAUGCACAUGACUAAGAAGACGAGAAGCAUGAAACCUCCGUCACAGACUCAGUCACCUGCUGUCAGCAGCUUAAUAUUUGAAGGCGUGUACAACAACGCGCGGAUGCUUCAUUUCCUCACGGCGGUCGUGGGCUCCACCUGCGACGUGAGAGUGAAAAACGGCGCCGUGUACGAAGGAAUCUUCAAGACUCUGAGCUCACAGUGCGAGCUGGCUGUGGAUGCUGUUCAUAAACGCAGCGAUGGAGAUGAAGGUGGGGGAGGCGAGGAAGGAGGAGGAGGAGGAGGAGGAGGAGGAGGAGGAGGUGGAGGAGGAGGAGGAGGAGGAGGAGGAGGAGGAAGCAGCGAGUCCUCCUCUCCUAAGAUUGAAGACAUCACAGACACGAUGAUCUUCAGUCCGGCCGAUCUCGUCACUAUGACCUGCCGCGAUGUCGACCUGAGCUUCGCUGUCAGAGAUGCGUUCACUGACACGGCCAUCAGCUCAUCGCGGGUGAACGGUGAGCACAGAGAGAAAGUCCUGCAGCGGUGGGACGGAGACGGAAACGGAGAAAACUUUGAGCUGGAGACGGAUACGUCAAACGGCUGGGACGCUAACGACAUGUUCAAGUUUAACGAGGAGGCGUACGGAGUCAAGUCCACGUAUGACUCCAGUCUGUCCAUGUACACCAUGCCUUUGGAGAAGGGGAACUCGGACGUGUUCCGGCAGCGGGAGGCGCGAGCGGCUCGGUUAGCCAACGAGAUCGAAGGCAGCGUUCAGUACCGCCGCCGAGUCUCCUUAGAGAACGACGAGGGACGCAGCGAGGAGGACAGAUACAGCUCGGUGGUCCGAGAGAAGGAGGACAGGAGCAGCCCCGGCUUCUCCUCCGCCAGGGAAGGUAAAUACAUUCCUCUCCCUCAGCGAGCUCGAGAGAUCGGCCUGUCCUCGGGCAGAGGCGCUGCAUCCUCCGGUCGAGGCGCGUCCUCCUCCAGACAUCCCAACCCGCCCAGCUCGUCCCCGAAGCCGGCGUCUGAUAGGAGCAGCCCGCUGUCCGUCAGAACCGCCUACUCUCCUCACCCAUCGCAGGCGAGCCCGCCGGCGGCCGGCAGCCCUCCCUGCACCAAUCACGCUCUGACGCACUCGAUGUCGCAUCCGCAGGCGCUCGCCGACACGAGCCGCUCGACGGUCAACGGAGUUGUAUCCAGAACUUCCCCAAAGUCCCAGAGACUCCAGAGCAACCGAACCCUGCGGACGCCAAACUCUCAGUCUACACCUGCAGUGUCUCGUGCUCCGAAACCAGACGCCCCUCCUCCCCAGGACGCCCCCCCUGUCGGCCCUGCCUACCUGGACUCUUCCUCUUCUUCAUCCAGCGUCACCGCGGCAACCACCACCAAACCCUCCGGCCCCACCCCGCUCUUCAUUGACGAAUUGAACGAGAUCCUGAGCUCAGCAGCUAAAGAGAGAACAGAGAGUGUGUCCAGCAGUCAGGAAGGAAAGAAAGCUCCGACGCUCCAGCAGAGAUCUCAGUUGGAGGAGCUCCGCAAGUUCGGCAAAGAGUUCAGGCUGCAGCCGAGCUCGUCUCCUUCAGCGAGCCCUUCCUCUGCAGAUCCUCCUCCACCUGCCGACUCCUCCUCCUCCUCCUCCUCCGCUGCUGCACCACCCAAACCCGUCGCCUCCCUCCUCGCCUCGGAUGUGCAGCAGCCCUCCACCGAUUGCCGGCCCCUCCCCCACCUCCACCCCCCCCGCCCCGGGUGCAGCUCCGGCCGCUCCUCAGUCCUCGGAGGGAACGCAGCCGGCUCCUCCCGGCGGCGGCGGCGCGGCGAGGAAGCGUGUGCAGAGAGCGGCGAUGCUGCAGCUGCAACGCAGGUGAAAAACUCCACGUUGAAUCCAAACGCUAAAGAGUUUCUUCCCAUAAAAGGAAACGUGACGCUGAAGCCGGCGUCGACCCCCACGCCCCCCCCGUCACCACCCAGCCCCUCCCCGCUCAUCCUGACCCCCCAGGGACAGCCUGGGGGGGGCGGCGGCGCCAUCUACAGCAGCCCACCGGGACACUACCUGUCCUACAUGUCCCCCAUCUCCAUCCAGGGACACUCCAUCCAGGCUCCUCAGCUCUAUCAGUACACCAUGCCGGCUGUCAACCAGGGCAAGUUCCCCAGAGGCAAAGGGCCGGUGGUUGGACCCCGUCAGGACCACCACGCCUCCCCCGCCAACCAAAUGAUGUCAGCCGCCGCCUCGGCAGCCGGACCCCCGCUGGUGGCUUCACCGUACCCCCAGUCCUACCUGCAGUACGGACAGGUGAUCCAGGCCAUGCCCCCCCACUACCACGGACAGCCGAUGUAUCAGAUGCUGCAGGGGGGAGCGAGGAUGCUGACGUCGGGAGCCCCCCCACAGCCCAUGGGCCCCCCGGGGCCCCAGUACCCCGGCCAGGCCGAGGGCCCGCAGGGGCCGCAGCAGGCCAUGUAUGCUCAGUCGUUCUCUCAUCACUCGGGCUCCAUCCAUCAUCCUCAGCCCUCCAGCACUCCCACCGGGAACCAGCCCCAACCGCAGCACACAGCACCCAGUCCAGGACACAAUCAGUCGGGUCAGGCCGGUCCUCAGCCCCAGUCCAUGUUCCACUCUGCAGGUCUGUCGGCUCCCACGCCUCCUAACAUGCAGCCGGGCCACAGCUCCCCGCAGGCCUCCUACACCAUGCAGGGCUACAGCCUCCCCACCCACCAGCUGCCCCACGGCUUCCCCUCCAUCAGCCAGCUCACACAGGCUCACGUCUCAGCAGGUAUUUCAGGACCGCACCACUCCGCCGGCCACGGCCCGCCCGUCAUGCUGCACUACGCCCCCCCGCAGCAGGGCGGCGGCUCCAACCCCCAGCACGGCCCGCCGCCCCAACAGGGAGCUCCACAACACUUCUACAUCGGACACCCCCAAGCUCUUCAGGUCCAGGCUCAUCACGCCCAACAGCUGUCCUUCCACCACUCUGCAAACUGAAGCUUCACGGCUGCGUUCGGGAAGCGGCUCCGAAAAACCUCCCAGCGUCCCGAUCGACUUGUAACAUUCCCACCUCCUGCCAUCGCCAUCAAAUGAUUAAAGCUCUUUACUUCUGCCCACUUCUUUUAAAAAAAAAAAAUAUUAAAAAAAAAAAAAAGCAGAUGACCGCAGAAACAUCUCUUAUUGGAUGUUUCUGUUUAGGGGAAAGUUUUCUGGAUUUUAAUAUGUAAGUAGAGACAGUUUUUUUUUUGUUUUUUUGUUUUUACACAUGGACACAAGCUGGACUGAGGACGAUCACUGGUGGAAACUUUUGGACUGACGACAGUGGAAACAUUGUUCUUUUCUCCCCCGUCCCGCCUCUCUUCUCCUCUUCUCCUUUUACAGACAAAUAAAACAAAUAAAACCACUGAAAAAAACAAAA